CAGGCAGAGGGGUUAACUACGAACACAUAUAACUAGUAUAACUAACAUAAAUAACAUAUAACUAACCUGCAACAUCAGCAGCAUAAACAGAAAUAUCUAAAAAGGGACAAAAAGUCUUAAAAACGCGUAAUAUUAUACCAUCAACAUCCGACCGGGAGAUAAGAGACUUUCUCCUCCGUGAAAUCCUAAAACGGUCAUGGCGAGGUCAGAGCGCGAUGUCAUCGACUUCUCGGCGCUGGAGAGCGAGCUGCGGGCGGCGGUGGAGUCAGAGCAGCGACACGAGAGAGAGAACGCCGCCAAACUGAGAGCCGUCACCCAGAGAGGGACAUCCUACAACCAGUUCAGAGACCUGGUGUUGUCGUGCCACCUGAAGCCUCUGGAGAAGAAAGAUAAAGAAAGAGCUCCACGGAAACAGCCCUGGAACCCGGUUGCCCCAGGCAACAAGUGAUGUCUGACCUGUCGCCCUGGGCAACAAGUGAUGUCUAACCCGGUCGCCCUGGGCGACAAGUGAUGUCCAUGAAUUCCAUAAACAAUAACAUCAGUGAAAACUGUUGUGCUGGGAUAUAAACCUGAGAAUCUCCUGAUAUGUUCAGUGUGUUUUUGUAAGUUUCCUUAACGUUUGGAUGCAGUGUAUAUUAAAUCUACAUAUCUGUAUAUUAAACCCUUUUGCUUUUGA